AUAUAUAUAUCUUUGCUGCAUAUCCUUGAGCUGCGCAGAUCAGGCCCCUCGGCGGCGACCGCUCUAGAAGCCUCGGAUUUGACGAUGCGGAGCUUCAGAAUGAGGAACUUGUUGUCCCGUGUCAAAAGACGGACAAACAAAAACAUCACAAACAGAAACGGAGUCACACGCAAACUCAGAAACCUAAACUGCAUUUCCGUUUCAAAAGAGUCGCCAUGUCAAAUGGAGGAAGAAGAAGAAGAAGGUUUCAGCAUCAAAAGCUCUGCCCCAUCACACACCCACGGUGUUCAACCCUUGGGCAACCUUUAUCUGAACCCAGGUUCCAUCAACUCCAGAGACACUGGGUUAGGUAACCUCCAUACCCUUUCGGAUGAGCUUGUCCUUGACGUUCUUGGAUUUUUGGAUGCUACCAACUUGGGGGUCUUGGCCACUGUGAGCAAAUCUUUUUAUGUUUUCACCAACCAUGAACCACUUUGGAGGAAUCUUGUGUUGGAGAAUCUUCUUGCUGGGUUUCGCUACAACGGGUCUUGGAAAUCCACUUAUGUUGCUGCUUGUUGCCCUUCAUUUGAUAUCUCAACCAGUGCUCUUCGGAGUUUCAAAGUUAGAGACUUUUAUUCGGAUUAUCUUUUCCAGAGUUGGCUCUGUGCGAAUCUUGAAAUGAAGCCCGAGUGGUUAGAGAGGGAUAAUAUAGUUAGAAAGAGAGGAAUUUCGGUUGAAGAGUUUGUGUUGAGUUUUGAGGAGCCUAAUAAGCCUGUGUUGUUGGAAGGGUGUGUUGAUAAUUGGGAUGCAUUGAGAAAUUGGGAUAGAGAUUAUUUAGUGCGGUUGUGUGGUGAUGUUAAGUUUUCUGUUGGGCCUGUGGAGAUGAAGCUUGGAGACUAUUUUGGGUACUCGGAUCAAGUUAGAGAAGAAAGACCAUUGUAUUUGUUUGAUCCAAAGUUUGCUGAAAAAGUUCCGAAAUUGGGUUCGGAAUAUGAAGUGCCAGUGUACUUUCAGGAGGACUUGUUUGGUGUUUUGGGCAAUGAGAGGCCCGAUUACAGGUGGAUUAUUAUUGGACCAGUUGGGUCUGGAUCAUCUUUCCAUGUUGAUCCGAAUUCAACUUCGGCUUGGAAUGCGGUGAUCAAGGGCUCCAAGAAAUGGAUAUUGUUCCCUCCUGAUGUAAUUCCGCCUGGCGUUCAUCCUAGUGCUGAUGGUGCAGAGGUGGCAUCUCCCGUUUCAAUAAUUGAAUGGUUCAUGAACUUUUAUGGUGCAACAAAAAGUUGGAAAAAGAAACCAAUUGAGUGCAUAUGUAAAGCUGGAGAGGUUAUCUUUGUGCCUAACGGAUGGUGGCAUUUAGUGAUCAACCUGGAAGAAUCUAUAGCCAUAACCCAAAACUAUGUUAGUAGGAGAAAUGUGUUAAAUGUAUUGGAUUUUCUUAAAAGGCCAAAUGCUAGCACAUUGGUAUCUGGAACAAGGGAUCGAGUGAAUUUAUAUGAUAAGUUUAAGAAUGCUAUUGAGGCUUCUUUUCCUGGAGAAAUUGAUGAACUGACUCAAAAAGAAGAAGAGAGAAAGACCCAGCGGAGGAAACUUUCCUUCUGGGAUUCUGUCACAGAUGCUAACAUGGGAGCUUUCAAGUUCUCUUUCUAGAGAUAUACAUACUCAGCCACAAUUAGUAUUGGCUGAUCCAAAUUUCAGAUAGAUGAUUUAAAUCAAUUUUGACAUUUUAGUUAGUUUUCCAUUGAUUGUACUCUUUCAAUUUU